AUGCAGCCCAAGAUAAGCGCGUUCUUCAAGCGGCAGGAAGCGGACCCAGACCCGAACAGUGGCGACGGUGAGGGGAAUGGGCAUGGAAGCGACGGCGCGUCGACGGAGGCGAAGCGGAAGGCCAAGGGCUGCAGGCGCGGUGAGCUCGUCAGCAAGAAGAGGAACUACGCGCAGUUCCAUCUGGAGCUGGGGCAGCCUGAUUUCCUACUCCACACGUGCUCCGUCUGCGGCAUGAUGUACGCCCGAGGGAACGACGAGGACGAGAAGGUUCACAGGGCCUACCACAAGAGCUACUCCGGGGGAGUCCCUUUCAAGGGCUGGAAAAAUGAGACAGUGAUGGCGAGGUCCGAAGGUGGUGAUCGGGUUAUUGUUGCAACUGAUGAGAACUCUUGUGUGUCGAAAAGUAAGGUCAGAGAGGUGAUCACAGUGGUGGAGAAGGAGCUGGGAUUUGGUGAAGGGAAACUUCUGCAUAAGCUUUGCAAGGUGUAUCUAUACAUAUCUGGACAAAGGAUCGUGGGGUGCCUUGUCACUGAACCAAUAAAAACAGCACAUAGAGUUAUCCCAAGCUCCCCGGAAGAAAGCCAUAACAAUUUGCCAGUUGACAGUACUGAGCCAGGAAAAAAUGGUCAUACAUUAGAGUUUGGCGAAAUUAGUUUCAAGAGGGAAAUCAUAAGGCGGCACAAUCAUUCAAUCAAGAAGAAAGAAGAGUGCCAGGACCCUGGUGCCAUAAUUUGUGAAACAAAAGCUGUUCCUGCACUUUGUGGAUUUCGAGCCAUCUGGGUGGUACCAUCACGCAGAAGAAAACGAAUUGCCUCAAAGCUAAUGGAUGUUGCAAGGAAAACCUUCUGCGAAGGCAAGACUUUGGGGAUUUCACAGUUUGCUUUCACUCCUCCGACCUCCUCUGGCAAGGGGCUAGCAUGCCGUUACUGCAAGACCAGUGCAUUCUUAGUGUACAAAGACGGACCUGUGUAA